AUGUUCCAGAGCUGGCCGUCCGGGGUUCCAACCAAGGCUGGCAAAUUCCAGGAAGAUGAGAAAGCUGUGCUCUCUCCGACGGGCAACAUCACCGCGAGCAGCGGCACAGCUACCAAGGACCACCGAGGACCGAAAGGGGGGCGGCAGCCGUCUCGUCCCCUCGCUCAUCCCUCUGUCUCCUUCUUUCCAGUCGCCACCCUGGCUCUCCACGACAAGACCCUGGGCGGCGCAUCUGCUGCUGUGGCCAGGAUGGCCCAGCCAAAUGCCGAGCCUCUCGAGGAGUACGAGUAUGCUGCAGACCGGCCGCCCUCCAUCUAUGAGUCAUUACCGCCGAACUUCUCCCUCGUGCAGAACAUGGCUGCCGGCGCUUUUGCCGGCAUUGCCGAACACACCGUCAUGUACCCAAUUGAUGCCAUCAAGACACGGAUGCAAAUCAUCAGCCCCAGUGGUGUGAAUGCCUACUCGAGCCUAAUACAAGGCACAUAUCGCAUGGCUGCUAGCGAGGGUGUCGCCAGCCUGUGGCGAGGAAUGUCUAGUGUCGUCGUCGGUGCAGGCCCUGCCCACGCUGUAUACUUUGCCACGUACGAGGCUGUCAAACACCUGAUGGGCGGCAACAGAGUCGGAGAGCACCAUCCGCUGGCAGCAGCAACAAGCGGAGCUUGUGCCACCAUCGCCAGCGAUGCCCUCAUGAAUCCCUUUGACGUCAUCAAGCAGCGCAUGCAGAUGGAAGGGUCCGGUAAGAUGUAUCGGUCGAUGCUGGAUUGCGCCAAAUACGUCUAUCGCAGCGAAGGUGCUGCCGCCUUCUACGUGUCCUAUCCGACAACACUGUCUAUGACAGUUCCGUUCACGGCCUUGCAGUUCCUGGCCUACGAGUCCAUAUCGACGGUGAUGAACCCGUCGAAGAGAUACGACCCGGUCACACACUGUCUCGCCGGUGCUAUCGCUGGUGGCCUCGCGGCUGGUCUUACCACUCCUAUGGAUGUUAUCAAGACCAUGCUGCAAACACGCGGCACGGCCGGAGAUGUCGAGCUGAGGUCUGUCAACAGCUUCAUGUCUGGCUGCCGUCUUCUACUAGCACGAGAGGGCUUUCGCGGCUUUUUCAAGGGCUUCCGGCCACGGAUUGUGACCACAAUGCCUAGCACAGCAAUCUGCUGGUCAGCAUACGAGGCGUCAAAGGCGUAUUUCAUCCACCGAAACGAUCACGCACGAUAG